AUGAUGCGAAGAUCAAAUAGUGAAAAGAGCAGCGCGCGGCGCAUGUCCUCGAAUAACCCGUUCCGUAAUGCGUCUGUGGAGUCAGAGGCCAGCCAGUAUCAGUCGGAUAAAGACUUCCAAGAGUGGGUAUCGUCCAACACGAUAUACCACCCUUCAGGAUCAAGGCCCAAGAACUCCUCAAUGCUGAGUCUCACGGAAAGUAUUGAAGAGGAACCACACCGUAUGGCGUCACCAUCGGCGUCACUCCCCAGGGAACCUUACAGGUAA